UAGCGGGGUUUUAGAGUUUGAAAUCUUUACAAAGCUUAAAAAUCUACAGAGCCUUAGUGUUUCUCAAGAACUAAAUCUAACCUACGAUAGAUUGAGCUAUACGUUCCCUAAGCAUGAAAGGUUGAGGUUGCGUUCUUGCAACUUGACCAAGUUCCCUUAUUUCUUGAAUUCGUUAGAAAAAUUAAUAUACUUAGGCCUCUCUUCAAAUAGGAUUAGUGAGGAGAUCCCAAGGUGGUUCUAGGGAAUAAGCCAUGAUACAUUGGAAUCCUUAAAUCUUUCUAAUAACCUUCUGGAGGGAGAUAUACCACAAUUGUACUAGAAGAAAUUGUGGUGUAUGGAUUUUCGGAACAACUCAUUCCAAGGACCACUCCUGAUCCCUCCACCUUCUACUCUACACUUUUUGGUCUCCAACAAUGGUUUCACUGGUGAAAUCCCCUCUUCCAUUUGCCAGUUGAGUUCACUCUAUUCUUUAAAUUUGUCUAACAAUAAUCUCUUUGGGAAUAUGCCCCUAUGUUUUGGUAAUAUUACCAAUCUUGAGAUUCUAGACUUGAGCAGCAAUAAGUUACAAGGGCCAUUACCGCACUCCCAACUCAAAUGCGUGAACUUAUCAUCAUUAUUUCUGAGUCAUAAUGAAUUCAAUUAUAUCUUCUCAAACACCUCAUUGUAUGUAAUAAAUCUUUCCAACAAUAAGUUUGGAGGGCCGAUUCCACUUCCAUCUCACGUGACAUUUUAUUAUUCCAUUGCAAGUAAUAAUAUAUCAGGAAAGAUCCCUUCUUUGUUAUGCAAUGCCACCAAUCUCGAGAUCAUCAACUUGUCUGACAACGGCUUGACAGGUGCCUUCCCACAAUGCUUAACAAACUUCAGUACCGAUCUGUCGGUUUUGAACUUACGAAUGAAUCACCUUGAAGGCACAAUUCCUCAAUCAUUUUCUUCAACAAAUAGCUUGACUCUUGACUUUAGUCAAAAUUGGUUUGUAGGCACUUUACCGUAGUCCCUUGUCGAAUGUAAAUAUCUUGAAGUUCCGAAUAUCAGUAGCAAUCAGAUAGAGGAUACAUUCCCAAGAUGGUUAGGAACACUUCCAGAGUUAAAAGUUCUCAUUUUAAGGUUCGACAAUUUUAAGGGUCUUUUGGAUAUUCCAGAGGCAACUGACCUCUUUCCCAAGUUACGCAUUUUGGAUCUCUCCAAGAACAAUUUUGGAGGUCCUUUGUGAGCCAACUUGAUAAUGAGCCUGAAAGGCAUGAUGAAUGGCGAAAAUGGGCAAGAAAAAUCACUAUAUAUGACAUGGUCUAUCCAAGGGAGCUGAUAUAAAAAUUCUGUGACCGUGACGAUGAAAGGGCUAGAGAUUAAGCUAGUGAAGAUCUUGACCAUCUUCACAACCAUCGACUUGUCGCACAAUUCUUUCCAAGGAAAUAUUCCUACAGUCUUUGGACAUCUCCACUCUCUCAAAGGGCUCAACCUUUCGCACAACCAUCUCACAGGUUCCAUCCCUCCAAUUCUGGGGAGCUUGACCGAUCUUGAAUGGCUUGAUCUUUCUUCAAACAAGCUUAGUGGGGAAAUUCCUAGAGUACUGGGAGAUUUGGCAUCCCUUGGAUACUUGGACCUCUCGAAGAAUAAACUCACUGGUCAAAUUCCACAAGACAAGCACUUGAGCACAUUUUCAAGCGACUGGUUUAGUGAUAAUCCAGGCUUUUGUGGAACUCCAUUGCAAAAAGCUUGCCCCGGCGAUGCUCAACGUCCUCCACCGUCAUCCUCGUCUUUUAGUUGCAAAGGGCAUCAUAGUUGGUUCGAACAAACGAUAAUGUGGAUGGGUUAUGCAUCUGGAAUCAUAAUUGGGAUUUUCAUAGCAUUCUUUGCAUUUGAAAUGGAAAAGCCCAAAUGGCUCGUGCGAGGUAUGAGAAUGCUAGAGAGUAGAUUAGCCGAGUGGAUGGAGAAACAAAAGCAAAAGGCCAUCAAAUUUCAUGGACAAUGAAAUUGUUGAGGAGUUGUCUCUUUAGACGGUGUUAUG